CACCGACCCAAGUCAGCCAUCUGGCAAUCAAUCCCAGUCGAGCGCACGCGCUUCCUAUCGUCGUCAGACUUCUCGAUGUCUGUCGGCCCCUUUCCUCGCGCGUAUGACUACUUCGGUGACGGCAGCCCCUAUCUCGUGGAGGCGCCGGGUCAUGUCGACGGGCACAUCAACGUCCUGGCGCGCACGUCGCGCGACGGCUCGUGGAUCUUCCUCGGCGGCGACUCUGCGCACGACACGCGUCUGCUCACUGGCGAGAAAGAGGUUGCGUUUAAGAUAGACGCAAGCGGACAAUCACUUUGCGCGCAUGAGCACAAGGACAUCGCCAUCGAGCACAUCCGCAGGGUGGGCUCGUUGCUCAAGGUCCCAAAGGUCCAUGUUCUGCUCGCUCAUGAUUGGGAGUGGUAUGAGAACAAAGGCGGUGGCGCGUUUCUGCCUGGAGUUAUUCCUCCCGCGUAG